CCCGCUCCUCCGCCGCCCCCGGCCGCCGCCAUCUUUGUUGUGCCUCCCGCGGCCCGGCCCGGCCCUGCCCACCGCAGCCUCGCGAGAGGGAGGCGGUGCCACAAGAUGGCGGCGGUGGCGGGCGGGUGGCUGAGGAGCGGCGCCACCAAGCUGAAAAGAAAUAUACCAGCAUACUUGGCAGCUUCGUGGAGGGCUUCUCCGUGUGUCUUUAGAUCCUCCAAAUCAGAACUUGCGCCAAAACUAGACAGUGAUGGAGUUGUCUAUGCUCCGCUUCAAACAUUCACUGAAGAGGAAACAAUGCUGAAGAACAUGGUGAAAAAAUUUGCUCAGGAACGAGUUGCACCUUUGGUGCAAAAAAUGGAUGAGAAUUCGAAAAUGGAAGACUCUGUAAUAAAGGGAUUGUUUGAACAAGGGCUGAUGAGUAUUGAGCUUGGGGAAGAAUAUGGAGGAACUGCAGCUUCAUUUUUUUCAGUCAUAUUGGUGGUAGAAGAAUUGGCCAAAGUUGAUCCAGCUGUAGCUCUUCUAUGUGAACUCCAAAAUACACUAACAAAUAGGUUGUUUACCACAUAUGGAACAGAAGAACAAAAGAGAACUUACUUGCCCAAAGUGUCUAAAGAUACAAUAGGCAGUUUCUGUCUGUCGGAGGCUGGUUCUGGCAGUGAUGCUUUUUCUUUGAAGACUCGUGCUGAAAAGAAGGGAGACUACUAUAUUAUCAAUGGCUCAAAGAUGUGGAUUAGCUUAGCAGAACAUGCUGGAGUUUUCUUUGUGAUGGCAAAUACAGAUCCUGCCUCAGGAUACAGGGGAAUUACAUGCUUCAUAGUAGAUCGCAACACAGAAGGCCUACACAUAGGGAAGAAGGAGGAUAAGCUUGGAAUCAGAGCAUCUUCUACUUGCCCAGUAACAUUUGAAAAUGUGAAGGUUCCUGCGACCAACAUCCUUGGACAGGUGGGGCAAGGCUAUAAGUAUGCAAUCGGAAUGCUAAAUGGAGGCAGAAUAGGUAUUGCUGCACAGAUGUUAGGAUUGGCGCAGGGGUGUUUUGACCAUACAAUUCCCUACACAAAGGAGAGAGUGCAGUUUGGGAAAAGCAUAUUCGAUUUCCAGGGAAUGCAACAUCAGAUAGCUCAGGUGGCCACACAGCUGGAGGCUGCGAGGCUGCUGACCUACAAUGCAGCCCGUCUUGCAGAAACAGGAAAGCCAUUCAUAAAGGAGGCAAGCAUGGCCAAAUAUUAUGCUGCAGAGGUUGCCACACUGACAACUAGUAAAUGCAUUGAAUGGAUGGGUGGUGUUGGAUAUACAAAAAAUUAUCCAAUAGAAAAAUACUACCGUGAUUGCAAGAUUGGUACAAUAUAUGAAGGAACUUCAAAUAUCCAGUUGAGCACCAUUGCAAAAAGCUUGGCCCAGGAGUACUGAAAACUGAAGGACUUCUUGACUGUUAACAGACAUUAUUUCACUGAACAUUAAUCGUGAAUUACAGGUUUAUUUGUAAUUGUAAAAAUCAAUAUGGUAUAAUAUGGUAUCAUAAAUGAGAAUAUAUCAUCACAGACAAAAGCAUAAGGAAAACCAUGAAUUCCCAUUUUAGGAUAUUGAAUGUGUAAAUCAUGCUAAAUCAUGAAUUCCACAUUCAAAUCCAGAUCAUGGGUAAAAGUAUUUCUUUCUGUCUGAGACACUUCUAAGCUAAUACAUUAACUGGCAUUAUUUUCUUGCUUUAGAUUAUACAAGCAGUGUGUCGCAACUUUGAAAUUUCAAAGUGAAAACAAAAGAAAUCCUUGGCUUGGCUGGUGUAAAAGGCUCUGUUAAGCCACCUGAGAGAACGGUUUCUUCAUGUGCAACACAACUGUUGCGUGGUGUGAAGCUUCUGUUUGUUCUUAACGCCUUAUAGGUUACAGGAGUGGUGUUUGAAAAUAGGUAAAUGUGAUGGUUUUCUCUUUUUCUGGUGGAGUGAUGUCUAUGGUGCUGCUGUAACUGGAGUAAUUUUUAUAGCAGCCCUUAGUGUGUUCUUAAGUAUAUCUUGGUAAUUAAGCCCUUCCAGCCCCCAAUUUGUAGUACUGAAAAGUGGAUAAUGUCUACCUCCCUUUCCAGCAUUCUCAGCUCUUAAGGGUUUUAAUCAAAGAGACUAUUUAUAGUUAUCCUUUUAUAAAAGAUUGAGUUGAAAUCUUUGUGAAAUGGCAUUAAAAAAGCUCUGGUAGUUCUGCAAAAAGACAGAGAUAUAAGCUAGGUAAUAAGAAAACUGUGAUACUAUUUCACAGGGACUUCCCUGGGUUCACUAUAUGUCACAAACUUUAAACCUCAGAGCCUUCCUUAGAGUUGGGGAGGGUCUGUUAAUUUGUAGUGAAGAAAAUUCACUCAUAGAAAUGAGUGGUUCUCUACAUGCAGAGAUGUUUUUCUUCUGAGAGCGUGGGAAAUAAUUUUCUUGAGACGUAUUUGCUUUUUUGUCCCUCUCUGUUUACUUUAAAAUUAGACAUUUUAUUUACUGCUGAAACCUCUUCAGUGUUGGAGAACUAAUUAACUAAGAAUCAAGAGACUGAAAGCCCAGUGUAUGAAAAACUAUAAUUGCUGUAAUUGGCAAUUUGUUUCAAGUGUUUUGGGGAGGAAAGGAUUGUUUUUCUGUUUUGUUGAACUUAAAGGAAUCUCACUUUUAAAUCUUGUUAGUCACUGAUGAGUCACUUUGGAGCUUGGAAUGUUACAGUCUCAAACUUGUAGAGAACUUUUUGGCAAAACUAGUGAAGAUGAUCCUUAAUAAGUCUAAUUUGAUAAGACAGACUGCAGUGCCUUAUACAAAGAAACAAGGAAGGACAAAAAGCAUCGUUAAAACAGUUUUUGGAUUGACUGUCAGCCUCAAAGGGAACUAACUACUUUUUUUGUGAGUGAUUUCCCUCACAUACACACUUUGCCUGUUGGUAGGUGAAGAAUUAGUGUAAUUAUAUCAGAUUUAAAAAAAAAAAUAUAUCUUCCAUAUGAGUUUGAUCAACCAUUUUGAGAUUUUCAAAAACACACAAGUAGGACAGAAGCCUAGAUGAUUUCUGAAAGAUUAUUCUAGCUAUAUUAUUUUUAAAAAUACAUUUAGGAUGUUUGCAGGCUUUUUCAGCUGUUAGACUGGAAUUAAGAGUACAGAUGCCACAUUGUCUAACUAGAGUUACUCUGUUCACUAUAGUCUGUGAGCUGACUGAUCAUAAUGAUACUACGAAUGCUUGAGUUACCUUGAUUAAUACAAUGAGACUUGCUGGAGUGAGAGGCUGUUCUUAGCUGCUGCAGUUCAGCCUGCUUUGCUAACAUGAGUAUCAGCAGAGAUCACGUUUUGAUUCAUACUGUUUAGUAGGUUUUCUAGUUUGAAACACUAUCUUGGCUUGGUUUCUGUAGUUUUGUGUGAGGCUACAAAGUGGGUGACAAUACUUCACUGACUUAAUAUAGUGCUAAAAGCAAACUGUUUGUGAAGGAAAGUGCAGAGCUCUCUGAAGGACUGCUAAAGGCUGGAUAUUCAGCAUUAUGUAAAAGGACUGUCUGUUUGUGUAGAACUGUGUCAGAUAUCUAUUUGAGGAAAAAAAAAAUGUGAAAAAUCAAAAUAAUGUGAUUUCCAGCAGUCUGAACUUGGGUGCCAUACUCCAGAAACCAACCUGGACAGCUUCAUCAGCUGCACGUCAGCUCUUAGGUCAAUGCUUUAAUACUGCUACAGCUGUGAAUUCAUGUCUCUCAGUUCCAUAUGCUGCAAUCUGUCACUUCUAAUACCUUUUGGAAGAAAUGUAUGCAUUUCAUUGGAGUUUUGUCUACAAAAUUCUGUGGAAGAAUAUGCGCACAAAUGAACUGUAACUGCCGAGUUUCUUUCCAGACUCCACUCUUGCUUCGAAAGGGCACGCAUGGGCACACCUCUACAUCAAGCAUCGGGUGUUCUGGCCAUUGACUGACUCUAGGAAGGGUCAACUUGUUUGAUGGCUUCAAGUCCGGUUCCAUUCCUGCACUAGCACAGGCUCUGGUUUAGUAAUAGAAUGUGCUCUGUUGUCCAGGAGCUAUUAAAUGCUGCCUACGUCUCCCAGCCCAUGUUGGGUCUGGGACAAGCAGUUAUGGAUUGCCAUAAACUGCAGUUCUGCAUUUGGCACGGUUGGGCAUGGGACUGUUCAUGUUGGCUGGCUACACCAACAGGUGUGGGGCUGCAGAGCUGGCACUGUGAAUGUUGGGAGGCUUUCCGUGCGGAGGGUUGGGCUUGAAGCUGCUUUAUACACUACGUAUGUAUAUUUUGAGUUGUCCCUUUGUGCCCUUAGUCAACUCAGCCAGUCCAGUCUGUUGCCUUGGAACAACACCUUCAGUAAGCAAAUACAACAUCUGGGCUUCCCUGGAUGGAAGAAGAAAAAAGCAUUAGGAAUGUAUAAAAAAGUGCCUGAAUUUGAUGUUCGACUAGAUAAGAUGCUGAUCUUGUGUAUCAGCUGAUGGUUCUCUAAUAAUCUGUCAUCUUAAAUUGCAGUUUUUUUCAUUGGGACAGACUGAAUGUAUCUUCUGUCAGGUUUCUGUAGUAUUAUCCUGGUUUGAUAAAGAUCUGAGGCAGUUCUCCACAGAAAGAUUUAAUUGUUACGUGGAAAAUACUCAAAUAUAACAUUUUAUAUAAUGUUUUCUGUGCUGUUGUUCUUUCUUUCACAUUUUCUUUUCCCCAUGUAAAGAUUGUGUUAGAAGAGGAUUACGUGAAAUAUAAAGUAAUUGUUCAGUGGGAGCCUUUCACUAUGUAAAGAAUUUUCUAAUUAACUUGUUAUUACCUUUCCGUUUGGAAAUCUUCUGGUGAGAGACACAUUUCAAGUUCUUCAUGCCACGAUAAACUAGAUUUGAAACAGUCUGGUUCAAAAGCAGCUGUCUUUCUUGAAACAUUUUUUAGUCAGUCCCAAAAUGUAUUCACUGUACCAAUGUGAUAGAUCUUCUCCUACGAGAAUUAUGUGAAAGUGGUCAACAGCUGCCACAAAUAUUUCACAAAUAUUUACCUGUUACGUAAUGACUGUGCAAACUGUUGGAGGAGGCACAAAUCGGGCAUGAGCUGACAGGGCAAAUCAGGCAUGUGCUGUACAAUUCCCGAAGAGUUUUCCCUAUUUUGAAUUUGUUCCAUUGAAAUGCAGUAGUUGCAGAGCAUUUUGCAAAGAGUUGUCUUUUCCUCUAAAAUGCAACUCCACAGUUUCAGUGAAAUGGAACAGCUGCAAGUCUUACUCGUCCACGUUUGGCUGCGUAGAGGUACGUAGGUACGUAGUAUGGCUGCUGUGCACUCAGGUGAGAGGGAGCAGGUGCCUUCCUUCUUGUUCUGCUUCUGAGUGUUCACUGAGUCCAUGCCAAGGACAGUCAAACAUCAGUGCACAGCUCAUCCAGAGUUCUAGGCUGACAAAUAGAAAUGACCAUAAAUAUUUCAGUUAAACAUGGUGACUGUCAGAUCAAUCACUAUAAUUAACAAAGUCCAGUGUAGUGGCAUUGAGGGAAUUUCUCAUUAGCUGGUACGAGACACAUGAUUAAGCUGCUUUGAAAUCUCUGUUUAUUAUCCUCUAAAAAUACUCUAUUUGUGUGCAAUACCAUGAGCAUGUUGGGUGACUAGAACUAACCGCUGUGUUUCCUAAUAACUUGUUUCAUAGUUCAUUGUUCAAACAUUGAUUCAUAUUGGUAUAUUAAUGUUCAAAAGAAUAUACAAUGUAUAAUGUAUUUUUUGACUUUGUAACUUUUUUCUUAUUUAUAUUUAAAUAUAAAGAUGUGCAAUCUCAACA